GUGUCUCGUCUCAUUGGGCAUAACAAAGCUAUUAAAAAAAUGCAGCAGAAGUCAAAUUUCCUUGGAAAUCUGCUCCUCGUUGUGGCCUUCAGCUGUAUGUUGGCCACAGUCUGGUCUGUCGGAGUCUGCAAUCGUUGCAUGGAUAACAGCAUUGCCUGUGUGAAUCAAACCCAUUUCAAGUUCUGUGUCAACUACUCACCAAUUGAGGAAAGCACUCUCUACUGUGGAGAUGGCAAAGUCUGCACCGAAUUGGGCAUUCUCUGUGCUGAUGCUAGUCUCGGUGCAAAUCCCGUCUGUAAGGAUGAUGAUAUCAAUUGCAAUAAGUGCGAUGGCACCUCAAUGUUUCAAUGCACCAGUCGCACAACAUUCCGAGUUUGCAAUAACAACGAGUUCACAGGUGUUAACCUCACUUGUCCUAAAGAUACCGUCUGCUCGAUAAAAUCCGGUAAAUUUUGUGUCAAGGAGUGCGAAUUACCCAACGGCAAAUACGAGUGCAAUAAAGCUGCUCCUUAGAUAUGUGUAUCGAUUAUAUGUCAAUGUAUUAAU